CGCCUUAUGUGCACCACACAAGGCAACCCUUCGCUGUCAGUAAACGGAGCAGGGUCUACCGACCUGUCUGUUGUAAAGGGAAAUAUUUACUAAUUAGGCCAACAUCCAAGGAGUUGGACACAUCGCAUUUCGUUAUCUGGCUCCUGAGGUGUUUAUGGCAGAGCCCAGGUGAAGGCAGCAGUGUUUGGAGCUCUUCAAAUCCCUGAUAUUUUCCCAAAUCACCUUUUCUGGGUUCACUGUACUUCCUCAAACUCUUCCCCAGGAAGGGUUUGUGGGACUGCUCUUUUUGUCUAUCUAUGAUGAGGUCCCGAUGUGAUGCAGCUGGGCAAGGGCUGUGCAAUGGUGUGCUCCUUCAGGAGCGGUGAUUCCAAGGAACUCACUCCUAAACUGCACAUGUUGUAUGGAAACUUGAUUGACCCAAUAAAGAAGUGUAUGAAGACUCUGCUAUAGACUCCCACUACCUCCAAAAACUGCCAAAUCUAAGAUCAUGUCAGGCACUUACGACGAGUCAGCCAUCCAGGAGGAUGCUACAGACAGCUUCUGGGAGGUGGGGAACUACAAGCGUGCUGUGAAGCGUAUUGAUGACGGCCACCGGCUCUGCAAUGACCUAAUGAACUGUAUACAAGAGCGUGCCAAAAUCGAGAAGUCCUACAGCCAGCAGCUGACCGACUGGUCCAAGAGAUGGAGGCAGCUAGUGGAUAAAGGCCCACAGUAUGGCAGCGUGGAGAGAGCAUGGAUGGCAGUGAUGACUGAGGCCGAGAAGGUGAGUGAGCUGCACCAGGACGUGAAGAACAACCUGAUGAACGAGGACUUUGAAAAGGUGAAGAACUGGCAAAAGGACUCCUACCACAAGCAGAUGAUGGGAGGCUUCAAGGAAACCAAAGAGGCAGAGGAUGGCUUCAAGAAGGCCCAGAAACCAUGGGCCAAGAAGCUGAAGGAGCUUGAGACUGCCAAGAAGACAUACCAUCUGGCUUGCAAGGAGGAGAAGAUAGCUUCGACCAGGGAGACCAACAGCAAGGCAGACGCCUCAGUCACGGCUGACCAGCAGAAGAAGCUCUCAGACAAGGUGGAAAAGUGCAAGCAGGAAUCUCAAAAGGCUAAGGAGAAGUACGAGAAGGCUCUUGAUGAGCUGAGUAAGUGUACACCCCAGUACAUGGAAAACAUGGAGACUGUGUUUGACACAUGUCAACAGUUUGAGGACAAGAGACUGAGCUUCCUCCGGGAGGUGCUUAUGGACAUAAAGCGUCACCUUAACCUCACCGAGAACCAAAGCUACGCCACAGUGUACCGAGACCUGGAGCGCACCAUCACCUCUGCCAGCGCGCAGGAGGACCUGAAGUGGUUUAGCAACAACCACGGACCUGGCAUGCAUAUGAACUGGCCCCAGUUUGAGGAGUAUAACCCAGAGCUCACUCACAUGAUCAGCAAACGGGAGAAGACAAAAAAGGGGGCGGACGGCAUAACGCUGACCCACAUGACAGCAGCACAGGACCAUGUGAUCGCGCCAGCCGGGGACAGGGGCAGUGUGAGCAGUUCUGAUAAGAACCAGGCCUACUCUUCCCAGGACCAGUCGGCAGAGUGGUCAGACGAAGAACAGGCUGCCCCAAACUCGGGCUCAGAUACCAACGGGGCUGGGGCCAACCCCUUUGAGGAGUCAGUGAAGGGAGUGCGGGUGAAGGCGCUCUAUGACUACGACGGGCAGGAACAGGACGAACUCACCUUUAAAGCAGGAGACGAGUUGACUAAACUAGAAGAUGAGGAUGAGCAGGGUUGGUGUAAAGGCCGGUUGGACAGCGGCCAGUUGGGCUUAUAUCCUGCUAAUUAUGUGGAGCCCAUCUAACUGCCCACUUGGCGGGUCACCCAGACUGAACAGUUCAAUCAUACUGCACAUUGCCAGAGACUUUAAAGCAACGCAUCCCUGUUCCCCCUCUUUCCGCCUGAGUGAUCAACACACUCUGAGAAGUCGUCAUUUUUAAUCCUCCCCCAGGGACCCCCAGCAGUACCAACAUGACCAUCACAAAUCCGCCACGGCACUGAGUUUGGAACCACAACCCAACCCUGUGUAUGUGUACCAACAACCGCUUAGCUCCAACAAAUGGAGGAAUUAUUUUCCACAUUUUAGUGUUGCUGUGUUUUAUUCCAACGGGUUUCAGUUCUUCUGAUGACAUUUACUUGGCAGUAUGUAUGUUCUUCAAAACAAUAUGGAUGAGGUAGAGUCAGCAGUGCCUGCAUAGUCAGAAUGAGCUAUGCACUGUGCAUUGUAAAUAUUUGAUGACGGGUUGUUGUUUUUUUAGCAGUUUGGAUUCUAAGUAAAGCUGUACAAUCCUGUUUUGUUGCAUCUGACAUUCCAUGCAAGGUUUUUACAAUGCUGUACACUAUAACAGAUGGACACUUUGUUUUCUCUCUUCGUACAUUGCUUCCAUGUUGUUGUUUUUUUGUCUUCCCUGAAUUCCCCGUGUGAAACAGCUGCAGCAGCAUGUGCUCCUUCAUCACACUAAUGGCCGCAGGAUCAUUUAGAAAUGAUUGUUAAACAGAGUUUGUUCAUCAGGAACACUGUUUCUCUACCAGUUUUUGUACCAGGCACUGGCAAGAUAUGGUUCGCCUCCCUGGAAGGCUGUUUAGUUGAUAACAUUUUGUCAGGAUCAGUCGCAAGCAGUGUCAUAGAAUUAUUUGAGGGAUCGCUCAGUCAUGUCUCAGGGGCCGAUGCUAGACCAUGGACUGAGAGUUUUGCUAAUAUACUUUCCACGAAGGCACAUUGAGUUAUGUACUUGAGUUAUGUACUAGUACAGUACCUCCAGGUAGCCCAUGUUGAUCAUGUGCCUAUCGUUUCCUGACUGCACUACUUUCUGAACACCUCACUUUUAUUCCCUUUUGUAUUAAUGUGCCAGCUGUUUUCAUUAAGGAAAUAUGAGAGACAUGCCUUAUUGUUUUGAUUUCUUUUCAUGUCUUUUUUUCUUAAUAUUUGGUUAAAGGAGUGAAAGCAAGUGAACAACCCCCCAUUCUUAAAAGUAUUUUUCUGGUUCCAUAUACAAUGCAGUGGGUUUUUCCAAGGGUCAGUGUUUAGUAAUGAUUUUUCCAGUAUUUCCAUUUUAUUAAUUUAGCAGUAGCUCUUAUCCAGAGCUACUUACAGAAAGUAGCUUGAUCUAAUGCCACAUACCUAUAAAGAAAGCUAGGUGUAACAACCACACACCUUAGUAGUGAAUGCUUUGUUAUCAAUGAUUAGUUAUUGACAAAAGUCAAUGCUGGAAAAAUUAAACGUGUGUCUAACAACAGUUCACCAAGAUUACAAUGUUGAUCUUCUCCAAUAACAGGUUAAACCGUUUGUCAUCAGAAACGAACUGCUGCUGGCCAAAUGAGAGAUUUAAAAAUACGAGAGAAUCUUGGGAUGUACAUUUAGAGUAAAAACAGUACCAUAACACCUUUUUAGUUGCAAUGGCUUUUGAUUACUGCAUGGUUUCUAUGUCUUGUCUUUUGUAUGAAUGAAAAUGAUGAGUCACCCAUAUUAUAUUCCAGCUUAGUCUCUGGCUCUCUCCAGCUUUCUGGCCCUGAUCCAACAGUCAUUUGCAUGCUGGAUCACUCACCACAAGCUGAUAAAUAUACAUUGUGGGUAUUUUAUAUUACUUCAGCCAGUAGUGGUGAAAGUGGUGCUCAUGAGCCAUGCAUUUUUUUUGUGUACCCUGUCAUCCAAUUGUGUAAAAAAAAAAAAAUCAGUAACUUAUUAAAUGAUAUUCCGUGUUAAGAAAAUAGUGUUUCAUUCGUAUGGUCAGACAUAAUAUAAUGAUUUUCUGUGCUAAAGAUCCCAGAAGGCAUUUUAAGUACUACAGUAAUGGAACUUACUGUAUACAUUGUUUAUCCUUAUUUUGUUUGGGUUUCUAUUCUGUCAGUUGAAUCCUUGAAUACAUGAUCUUAGGAAAACUGAUGCCAGUGUUUGUCUCUAAACUGACAACUUAGAAACUAAUCACGAUUCUGCAUUUUUUUUUUACAUAUCCAAAAAAUGCAUUGUGCUUGAAUCUAUACAACACACUGUUAAAUCUUAAUCCUUUUCUUUUGAACAAAUGAAUCAAAGAGAGAAUUGUUAAAUUAUGAAUAGGCACCAGAGGUUAUAUGAUGUGUGACUUUUCUAUGAUAACACUCUGGUUUUAGGCAGCGAUUCAUUCAAACAUGCCAUAGCAAUAUUUACACAGCGUCUUUACUUACAAAACAUAUAUCAUGUGGUCACUAAAAAGUGCAAGCAUACCUGUGAGCAGGGUUCUGGUAGUAGUUGCAGGUUUUGAUACAGCCCCCAAUACCAGUCUGAGUUUAUUCAACAUUGUGGAAAUCAGUCACUGUAUGUAAAUAUUGCAAUGCAGGUCUGAUUGAAUUGAGUUCCCUUAGAUAGUGAAGGCUACAUUUUACAUUUACAUUUUUGUCAUUUAGCAAAAAUGUAAAUGAUGUUCCCUUUCAGGAGAAGAGGGAUGCACUUUUAACGACUUGGGAAAAUAUGGCUACAUUACAAAGUGCACUACAAAGAAAGGCAGGUUCCUCUAAACUAUUGAUAAGAAGUCUGUAUUUUCUGCUCCUGCAACACGGCUUAUUGGAGAACAUUUUGGGACCACUAAUACUUCACCUGAGCCAGCAGCAGCAUAUUUGUUAGCUAAAAUACAUAGAGUCAUUGACUUCAGUGCUUCUGGAAAGACCCAGUUCAGUUUACAACAAUUCAAAGGCAACUGUUGUACAUACUCUUUUAGCCAACAAAAUAUAUUGUAUCAAAAUCAGAAUAGAGAUUGUUCACUAUACUGUGGUAUACAGGUCAUUUGUAUGUGAUGAAUAUUUAAAUAUUCACUAUGGUGUUCACAUUGAAGCUCACGUGAAGCAGUGACGGAUGGUGAAUAUUUAAAGAGGUUUUAACCUUUUAUUUUACUUUGUGUCCAGCAUGUAGGGGAACAGGUGGCAGACAUGUUGUGAAAAAGCCCUAGUGAUCUAGAAGUCUGUUAGUUAAUAAUAGUUCUGUGUUCUCCAAACUGUAGUGCCUAUUCAUCUGCAUAAACAAAAUAAAAGGCUUCAUCCAAA